CCCCAUGUACGUGCUGGGCGAGCUGCAGGGCAUGCGGCGGCACGGCGAGCAGUGGCUCAACGACGGGUCCGAGUGCGAGUUCUGCGAGUGCACGGACGGCCAGGAGAGGUGCUUCUUCCACUACUGCAACUCCGGCCCGAAGGAGAGCUACAUGACGCCCCCUUCGGCAGCGACGCCCGGAGGGAAGAGCCCCGCCGACCAGCCCCCCGCGCGCCCGCCCCUCGACGACGAGGACGUGCCCGACCCGGAGGAGGCGCAGGAGGGCUCGGGCUCGCAGCCCUGGGAGGAAGGCUACUACAACGUGCGGGAACCUGCGGAGGACGACCUCGAGCCCAGGAAGACGGAGUCGUCCGGUCGUGGCGGUGAAGCGAACGACCCCAGAGACGACAAGAACCCGAGAGACAACGAGACGCACGACCCCCGCCCCUGGUGUGGUCCCCUCCCCUGCAGGAAGACGUGUCCCCAUGGCUAUAAGGUGGACCCGACCACAGGCUGCCGGAAGUGCAAGUGCUUCAAGUGCCAGCCCUUGCGGAGGUGUUUCCUCAAGUGCCGCUUCGGAUACGUCGCGGAUGAGAGGGGCUGCAGGAAAUGCCAGUGCCGUGACCAGAGUGCCAAGGUUUCCGUCAUCACAUCGCUGGACGACAAUGAUUUCAUCGUCGAGGAGGGCUACGGCGUGUCUUCUGAAGUCUUCAGCAACGGGACGUACGCUGAAGUGGCUGAAAGUGGCGGCGUCUACAUGACAGCCGGAGAAGAGGAGACGCAGGAACCCGACCCUUCAUGUAACACUACACGCGUCGAGGGCUGCAUAGACGGGCGCGGGGUGUACGCCGUGGGCGCCUGGUGGGAGCGCGGCGCCUGUGUCUCUUGCACUUGCGUUGCCCCGGGCUACACGGAGUGCAACGUGACCCAGUGCGCGCCCCCGCCCUGCCCCGCCCACCGACAGAAGCGCCUCAAGAACGAGUGCUGCCCCAUCUGCAGUCCAGCGUGCAACCGCGGCCAGGGGCGUGGCCACGAGAGCCGCAGCACCUCCCGCGUGCCCCUGGACCGCAUGCCGCCGCCCACGCUCCCGCAGGACAACCAGGACCCCGUGCGCGCCCCCGAGAUGCCUGACGAAGACGCAGGGUCCCACAGGAGCGGCUUCGGGAGUGGCAGCACGACCAAGAGCGCGGUUCAAGCUUCCCCCGCCGACUGGUCCCAGCUGUGUGUGAUCUUACUGCCCAUCCUGGUGGUGUUCGGACUCGUGGCCACCCUCGCCGUGCACUUCUGGCGCCGUUACCACCGCGACAAGUACGACAUCAACGCCUACAGACCGGACGAGAGAGAGAAGCUCCGCCCAGUGAAAACAGCUGACGACACCCAGACCGUGCGGCACGUGUGAAGCGGACGGCGAGCGAAGUAAAAGGGGAAAGGCGUUGCGGAAUUUAUGAAUGAAAGGAAGGAUUUUUUUUUUAAUGAAUGAGUAGAGGCAUUUUGUGAAUGAGGAAUUUGUGAAUGGGUGGAGGGAUUGAUGAAUGGCUGGAGAUUGUGAUGGAUUUUUUUUUUUCGUGUGUAUGAAAGAAAAAGAGGAUAAUAAUUAAAAAAGAGAGAUAAUGAGAAAAGAGAAGAGAAAGGGAGGGUGUGUCUCGGUGGCGGGACGAAGCAAGGAAGAGGCGUGAGGAUAAUAAAUUUAGAUGGAGAAAAAA